CUAAUUAGUGACCUAUGUCGGCUAGGUACCUGGGGGUGUCAAACCCCCCGAUCCGGGCCUCUACUCAGGUCUAUCCGCUUUGGAUAUUCUUCUGGAAGAUAACCUAUAGUAUGUUAUGUACUACUUGGAAUUGGACUUAACCCACGUGUCUGGGUGAAAUUUUCCAAAAAUUAUAAAAUCAAUUUAUUGCGCAGUUGAAUUUGUAAGGCAAACAUCCGACAGACAUUUAAUUGUGGGAAACAAUUGAAAGAAUUGAGUGAGCAAUCAGUCACAAAAAUGUGGCCCAGAACAUUGUUAAAGGGGACGGCGACUCUCCCGCCGAAGCAGAUAGGUUGGAGCCGGUACGUACUUCUUCGCAGAUAUGCGACGGAAAAUCUAGGAGAAGAAUUACAGAAACCGUCAGAAUCCGAAGCAAAGGUGACAGAGCUUUUAAACGAUGCAGCGAACUUCAAUGAGAUAGGAGACCCGUCUUGGCAGACAUCUCCAUACCCUCAGACUGCGGCAAUUCCAGGGAAAGAGGAGAAGAUCCGUCAGGAUCCCACUCAAACAUCAAUAUUAAUGUUCCCCGGCCAAGGAACGAUAAAAGUUGGAUAUGUAGACGAGUAUUUACGUUUCCCAAAAGUUAAAGAGAUUUUUCAAAUUGCCAACGAAAUCCUUUGUUAUGAUGUAUUAAAAAUCCUCCAGAAGGGACCGAAAGAAAAACUUAAUAGAACUGAAUUCAAUCAGACGGCUACUCUCGCCCUGUCACUCGCAGUAAUAGAAAGACUCUGGGAGGAAAGGCCCCGAGCUGUUGACAAUUGCAAAAGUGUGGCAGGUUACAGUGUUGGAGAACUUGCUGCGCUCGUAUUCUCCGGAUGUAUCAGCAUGGAGGAUGGCUUGAGACUUGCUGCAGUCAGAGGAGCUGCUAUGCAAGCUGCUUCUGAUAAAGAACCUCAGGGGAUGCUUUCUGUUUAUUGCAAGCCCGCCAGCAAUAUUGCGGAAGCUUGUGAAGAAGCUAAAAGAUAUGCUAUGGAUGUAGGGGUUUCUGAGCCGGUUUGCAGCAUUGCAAUUUAUCUUCAUCCUCAAACAAAAAUACUAGCUGGGCAUGAACAAGCUCUCGAAUACAUCGAGAAAAACCAUAUAAAGUUGGGAUUCAGGCAUUUGCGAAGAUUACCUUUGUCCGGGGCAUUUCACACACGAUUGAUGCAGCCAGCGGUGAAAUCAUUCAAGAAGGCACUUGAUAAGGUAGAUAUUGAAAGACCGCGAGUGAAAACUUUCUCAAAUGUGACGGGCAAACCUUACCAUGAUGCUGAAGACAUUAGGAAACAGUUACCGAAACAACUAUACAGACCUGUAAAAUGGGAACAAAUCAUGCACGAAAUUUUUUCGAGGAAUCAGGGUACUGACUUCCCCAGAGCCUUUGAUAUGGGCUCCGCUGGAAUCAUGAAGGCAAUACUAGGCAAAGUCAAUGCCAAAGCUGCGGACUCUUGUUUCAGCAUUUAGGAUGUAAUAAAACAUGUUGAAUUUUUGUACUCACAAUUUUCAAUGCGGCUUUAUUUCAAUGUGUAUAUCAAUAAAAACAGAAUGGCUCUGCGUGACAUUAG